AUGGCCUCGGAGUCUGACGUCGUGAACAGGCUGGCCGGGCUGAUCGAGAGGCGCGUCAGGUUCAUCGAGGCGCAGGCCACCGCUGGCAUAGACCGCCAUUGCCUGUUGCCAGCUCAGUGCGGUGCGAUAGUCAGCGAGAUCAUGCAGGGGCGUGUCAUGGAUGAGGACGAACCCACGGCAAUCACCUCGGCCAUCGCCCGAGGCCCGUGGUCCGACGGGCAGAAGCUUCAAGUGGCCAGCGCCUUGCAGGAAACGGUGGUCAAACCUCUGAAGGGCAAGAG